GCUUCUCCGACCUCAUCCGACCGCGUUGCGAUAUAUGUAACCACGCUGCCAUAUAAAGGAUUGCUGCGCGACCUGCUCUCUUCCGCAUCCAUCGAGCUUCAAGCAAGCUGGCGCACCCACCCUACACGACUUUCGACUACCACAUACGAUGAUGUCUGUUCUCGCGCCCGGCUUGCCCCAGACUCUACCGGAGACGUCGUUGUCCGCGUCGUCGCCCUCGACGACUGUCAACGAGAUGGACCGUUUGGAAGAGGCCUUGGUACCGUUCACUCAGCGUAUCCUUCGCUCUGGGUAUUCGUCGGUUCGCCUGCAAUGCAUGCUGCCCUCGUGGUGCGGAUCUACUGAGAGCUGCUUCGACCUUCACGACCUUCAUAAGCUUCGCACUCGCUUCCUGGUCUUCAUUCAUGACCUUCUGCAAUCUCUUCGCUCGUCUGGUGUAUAUGCUGUGUAUUCCCUCGUCCCGUUCAAUGCUUCCUCGUACUGCAUGAUAUCUGCGUUGCCCUAUGGCGACUGCGGCUCCCCCUACGCCGAGUCGACUCCCGCUGCCAUUGAAAAGCUUGAAUUAUCCAACAAGAGCACCCACGUUAUCCUGGCCGACCUUGAGAAGGGUCCCUGCCUCAUCAUCCACUAGCCGCUUUCCGCCGUCAUCGCCCCAAAUCUAUCGUCGUAUAUACCAUUCACUGUAUCGUUAUAACUUUUGGGACUUCGUGCAUGCAUCCGAGACUUACUAUGGAAUUUUCAUCUUCUGCCUCCUGCUUAAUCGCUAUUUCGAUUCGAACCAAUUAAUACCCGUCGGCGCAAGCUCAAGAGCACCUUCCCAUAUAGAUAGGCUCGCACCACGGUUCACUUACGCACUUCCACCCAUCCUCCUUCGCAGACAUUUUCCAGUGAGCGUAGCCCUUGUCAAUGUCAUGCGAAUACGGUCA